UGCACGAAAACGUUGAUCAACUCACGUUUCUGCGUUUCCAUCCGUUUCAGAAACGGAAACUUAGGGGACACCGGCACAAAACGUGUCCCAUACGUAUUGGGGCCGUUUCUGCAAUUAUGGAAAAAUAGAGUUUGUUUCCUUUAGAAACUCUGAUUUCUGUACAACAAAUUCCUAUAUAUACACUACUUGAUUCAGCAAUAACUUCAUAAUUCCUUCUCAUAAACCUUUAAAUCUUCUUCUAUUGCUGCUCUGCACGUCUGAAUUGCACGGUUGAACAUAAUUCGGCGCGCUCCGGCGACUCGUAAAGGUUUGUGUUGAAUUAUUAUUUUUGCAUGGAUUCUUCGCAAAAUCAAACGUCUAGCUCUAGUCAAGGCGUGUCAUCCACACAAACUAGUCACGAUGAGGAUAAUACGCCAUUGUGGAGAUAUGUGACAAAAAUUGAAAAAACAGGUGAAGGAGGGGGAAAUUGGAAGUGGAUAUGUAAUUUUUGUGGUGAACAAAAACAAGGGACUUAUACUAGAGUAAAAGGUCAUUUAUUAAAACUUAGCGGAAAAGGAAUUGGUACUUGUAAAAAAGUGAAAAUUGAUGAUCUUUCUGAAAUGAGAAAAGCAGAUGAAGAAGCCACAACAAGAAGUUUAAAUUCUCAACCUAAACGAGUUCCUUUACCGGUUAUUAGUACAAUAAUGGGUCCUUCUUCCACGAACCAAUCUAGUAGUUUGGAAGCUUUAAAAAGAAGAAGAAUCCAAGAAUCUGACCUUGUUAAAUCUUUUGAUAUGCAACAUAGAGAUCAAUUAGAUGCUGAAAUAGCAAGAAUGUUUUAUACCGGGGGUCUGCCUUUCAAUUUUGCUAAAAACCCUUAUUUUGUUAGCUCUUAUGCAUUUGCUGCUAAUCAUUCAUUGGGAGGAUAUGUGCCACCUGGAUAUAACAAAUUGAGGACUACUUUAUUACUACAAGAGAAAAUACACGUGGAAAGGUUAUUGGAACCCAUUAAAAGCACUUGGGGAGAAAAGGGGGUUAGUAUUGUGAGUGAUGGAUGGAGUGAUCCAUAAAGAAGGCCUUUGAUUACAGUGAUAGUGGUUAGUGACUCUGGUCCUAUGUUUAUCAAAGCUGUGGAUUGCUCUAGUGAAGUGAAGGAUAAACAUUUUAUUGCUGAUUUGCUUAAGGAAGUUAUUAAUGAGAUUGGCCAUCAAUCUGUGGUUCAAAUUAUUACUGACAAUGCGAGAAAUUGCAAAGCUGCUGGAGAAAUCAUUGAAGGUGUGUAUCCACAUAUAUACUGGACUCCAUGUGUAGUCCAUACUCUCAAUCUUGCUUUGAAAAAUAUAUGUGCAGCCAAGAAUGUUGAAAAUAAUAUAGACGUCUAUGACGAAUGUCAUUGGAUAACUAUAAUUCAUGGAGAUGCUUUACAAAUCAAGAACUUCAUCAUGACUCAUUCAAUGAGGCU